AUCUAACGGGAGGAAAGUAGAGAGAGAAGUAAAGUAAGACAAAAGGAAGAAAAUAAAAGAAAAACACUUUCCCUUUUACCAAACAAAAGAAGCUUAAAAAGUUGGAUUUCACAAUUUUUCUUCUUUGGAUUCCAAUUCACUUUCAUUUCUGCAAAGCUCAUAUUUCCAGUUUUCAAAUUCAAACACUCAUCUAAACUGUAGUUUUCUGCUGAGAAUAUUGGAUUUAGUGUAAUGUGGGUUUGAUUAUAUAGUUCCAUUUAUUAUAUUUUUUAUGGUAAAGAUUGAAACUUUUUGUGUUAUGUUAAAGAAUAGAAGCUUUACUGUUGUAUGUAUUCAUUUCUAUGAAUUAGAUAGCUAACACAAGAUUGGUCUUUCUUUUUUUAUGUAAAUUUUUGUUUGUUUCUGAGUUUGUUUUUUAAGUGUUUGUUGUGUUUUUUUGGUGUUUUGUGGACUUUUUAGAGAUCUCUAGGCUAAGGGUAGUGAUUUUUUAGCAGAUAAAAGCUAUCAGCUAUUUUAAAUUUGACCCUGAAACUUGUGUAAGUUCUGGGGAAGGAGGGUGAGUGUGAGAAAGAAAGUGGGGGAAAAACCUAUCUGGCUACUGUGGAGAUCUGGGAUUUGUUUCAUCUGUUAUGUCCCAUGAGGACUUUUUUCCCAUCCGAGUCGUGUAAAGAGUCACAACUCAAUGCUUUAAAUCCACAGUCUUGGCUUCAGGUUGAGAGAGGGAAACUUUCCAAGUUUUCUUCUUGUUCUUCUUCAUCAUCAUCAUCCAUAGAAUCACUUAUCAAGGUCCCUGAGCCUCCAAUUUUACCAUUCUAUAAACCUAUUGAUUAUGUAGAAGUUUUAGCUCAGAUUCAUGAAGAGCUUGAAUCUUGUUCUCCACAAGAUAGGUCGAAUCUCUAUUUAUUGCAAUUUCAGGUCUUUAGAGGACUUGGGGAAGUCAAACUUAUGCGGAGAAGCCUCCGCUUGGCGUGGCAGAAGGCUGGCUCUGUGCAUGAGAAGCUUGUGUUCGGGGCAUGGUUGAAGUAUGAGAAGCAAGGAGAGGAGAUUAUUUCUGACUUGCUUGCUACUUGUGGUAAAUGCGCACAAGCGUUUGGGCCGUUAGAUGUUGUCUCCCAGCUGCAUACGGAUUUAAGUUUAAGUUCUGAGGUGUCUGUUAUGAUGAAUGCUGACUGUAAAUUAAGAAACGUCGUUUUUAUCAUAGGAGAUGAGAAGAUAGUUUGCGAUAGAAAGAAAAUUGCAGGCCUUUCUGCUCCGUUCCAUGCUAUGCUUAAUGGAAGUUUUGCAGAAUCUUCAUGUGAACACAUUGAUUUCUCUGAAAAUAACAUAUCCCCACUGGGUUUUAAGACAAUAAAUGAUUUCUGUGAGACUGGCAGUUUGAAUGAAGUUCCUCAUAAUAAUUUGUUAGAAAUAUUGGUUUUUGCAAAUAAUUUCUGUUGCGAGAGGCUAAAGGAUGCGUGUGAUCGGAAACUUGCAUCUUUGGUUUCCUCUAGAGAAGACGCUGUAGAACUGAUGGAGUAUGCUCUUCAAGAGAACUCUCCUGUGCUGGCUGCUUCUUGUUUGCAAGUUUUCUUAUAUGAAUUGCCUGAUUGUUUGAAUGAUGAUAGGGUGGUGGACAUAUUUAGCAAUGCUAAUAAACAAGAGAGAAUGAUUAUGGUUGGAACAGCCUCGUUCUCACUGUACUGUUUAUUAAGUGAAGUUUCCAUGAGCCUGGAUCCUCGCUCCAAUAAAACUGCUUCUUUCCUUGAACGAUUAGUGGAGUCCGCUGAAACUAACCGGCAGAAACUGUUGGCUUUCCAUCAAUUGGGAUGUGUGAGACUCUUGAGGAAAGAGUAUGAUGAAGCCGAACAUCUUUUUGAGGAAGCUGUGAAUGCCGGUCAUGUUUAUUCCAUAUCAGGUUUGGCUAGACUCGGUUACAUCAGUGGUCAUCGGAUUUGGGCUUAUGAAAAAAUUAGCUCUGUGAUUUCAUCUGUUACUCCACUUGGGUGGAUGUACCUGGAGAGGUCUUUAUAUUGUGACGGUGAUAAGAAGUAUGAGGACCUUGAGAAAGCAACUGAGUUGGAUCCAACUCUUACUUAUCCUUACAUGUAUCGUGCUGCUUCCUUGAUGAGAAAACCGAAUGUUCAAGCUGCACUUGCUGAAAUCAAUAGGGUUCUCGGAUUUAAACUCGCGUUAGAAUGCUUGGAACUCCGAUUUUGUUUUUAUCUUGCCCUCGAGGAUUACCAAGCAGCUCUUUGCGAUGUUCAGACAAUACUUACACUUUCCCCAGAUUAUAGGAUGUUUGAGGGAAGGGUGGCAGCAUACCAACUCCGUACCCUUGUACGUGAGCAUGUUGGACAUUGGACGACAGCAGAUUGUUGGAUGCAAUUAUAUGAAAAGUGGUCAGCAGUGGAUGAUAUAGGAUCCCUCUCUGUCAUAUACCAAAUGCUUGAAUCGGAUGCACCGAAAGGUGUUUUAUACUUCAGGCAGUCUUUGCUUCUUCUUAGGUUGAACUGUCCUGAGGCAGCCAUGCAAAGUCAACAAUUAGCUCGCCAACAUGCAUCAACUGAACAUGAACGUUUAGUUUAUGAAGGAUGGAUCUUAUAUGACACUGGCCAUUGUGAGGAAGGGCUUCGCAAAGCAGAGGAAUCUAUCAAAAUUAAUAGGUCUUUUGAGGCCUUCUUUCUUAAAGCCUAUGCACUGGCGGACUCUAGCCAGGAUCCGUCCUGUUCUUCAACUGUUGUUUCUCUGCUUCAAGAUGCUUUGAAGUGCCCGUCUGAUAGACUGCGAAAAGGCCAAGCACUUAACAACCUCGGAAGCGUCUAUGUAGACUCUGAGGAUUUAGACUCGGCAGCUGAUUGCUACAUUAACGCCCUUAAGAUCAGGCACACAAGAGCACACCAGGGUCUUGCUCGGGUCCAUUAUCUCAGAAAUGACAAGGCUGCUGCAUACAAGGAAAUGACUAAGCUAGUUGAAAAUGCCCGGAAUAAUGCAUCUGCUUAUGAGAAAAGAUCAGAGUAUUGUGAUCGUGAACUUACAAAAGCAGAUUUAGAGAUGGUCACCAAGUUAGAUCCACUUCGAGUUUACCCUUACCGAUUCCGAGCUGCAGUUUUGAUGGAUGGUCACAAAGAAAAGGAAGCAAUUGCAGAACUUUCUAAGGCAAUUGCAUUUAAGGCAGAUCUUCACCUUCUACAUUUAAGAGCUGCUUUCUAUGAGCAUGUCGGUGACGCCACAGCAGCCCUACGUGACUGUCGAGCAGCUCUUUCAGUCGAUCCCAACCAUCAAGAAAUGCUGGAACUUCACAGCCGUAUGAACAGCCAUGAGCCCUGAAAACACUAAACAUACACUGGCAAACAAGUAAAAAAGAAAAUACAUGCUUCUUUUUUCAUUACCAUGUAUACAAAAUACCCUUCCUCAUUUUCUUAGUGUAUGUUUUUCAAAUUUUUGUAAUUUAAUUUAAUCAAAUGUCAAAAAGCUUCCAUC